GAGCUCGGCGGCGCUCGCUGCGGGGCGAAGCGGGGAUCGGUCCCGCUCGGCUCCGUUCGGCUCCGCUCGGCCAUGGCGAGGCGAGUGGCGGCCGCCGCCGGGCCCCUGGGGGAUGAUUUCUCCUUCGUCAGCCCGGUGGCCAAGUACGUGCUCUUCUUCUUCAACCUGCUCUUCUGGGUGAUCUCCAUGGUGAUGGUGGCCGUGGGGGUCUACGCCCGGCUGCUGAAGCACGCAGAGGCGGCCAUGGCGUGCCUGGCGGUGGAUCCCGCCAUCCUCCUCAUCAUGGUGGGCGUCCUCACCUUCCUCAUCACCUUCUGCGGCUGCGUCGGCUCCUUGCGGGAGAACAUCUGCCUGCUGCAGCUGUUCUCUGUCUGCCUGACCAUCAUCUUCCUCCUGCAGCUGGUGGUCGGCGUGCUGGGCUUUGUCUUCUCUGAUGAGGCACGUGGGAAGGUCAGCGAGAUCAUCAACGGGGCCAUCGUGCAUUACCGGGAUGACCUGGACCUGCAGAACCUCAUUGAUUUCGGGCAGAAGGAGUUCAGCUGCUGUGGGGGUGUCUCCUACAAGGACUGGUCCCAGAACAUGUACUUCAACUGCACAGCCACCAACCCCAGCCGUGAGCGCUGCGCCGUGCCCUUCUCCUGCUGCCUGCACGACCCUCAGCAGGCCGUCAUCAACACCAUGUGUGGCCACGGGAUGCAGGCCAGGGGCUACCUGGAGGCCAGUGCCUUCAUCCACACCAACGGCUGCAUCGACAAGCUGGUCAACUGGACCCACAGCAACCUGUUCCUGCUGGGGGGCAUCACCCUGGGGCUGGCCCUGCCCCAGCUGGUGGGCAUCAUCCUGGCUCAGCUCCUCAUCAACCAAAUCCGCGACCAGAUCAAGCUGCAGCUCUACAACCAGCAGCACCGUGCAGACCCCUGGUACUGAGCCGGGGUGUCCGGGAGCAUUCCCAGAUCCCGGAUCAGAGACCUUAACUCACUGGCUCCAACCCGCGGGGAGAGCCCCAGGGCUCCGCUGGAAAAGAGGGAAUGCGGAGGCUCCGGUGCUGGGCUCGGCCUGGCGGUGCUGAGCUGGAGCAUGGCUGAGAAUCGCUGUCUGUCCGUCUGUCCUGCUGUUGCACGGGGAUGUGCCUCCCCUCUCCGCUGGAGAAGGACAUUUGUCUGCCUGUCCGUCUGUUUGCACCGAGCUGCCUUCUCGCCCAGACUGCCGCCGUUCCCCUCACGGCCGGGUGGCCGUGCCGGUGUCGCCGGGUGCGGGGACAGCACCCCGGGGUGCUGAGGCGGUGCCGGGCUGUGCCCCCGGCAGGGACAAUGAAGCCACGAGGCCGGACCUGCCGCACUGAGCAGGGACACGGCGGUGGCUGCGGGGCCGGGCAGAGCCCGCCCUCACACCGCGCUGCUGUGGGGAAACAGCGGCUGAGGGAGUGAGGGAGCCAGGCCCGGCCUCUCGGAGCUGUCGCAAAACCGUGGGUGGAGUUUGUUGCGGUUGGAAUUUUUUCUUUUUUUUUUUUUUUUUUUUUUUUUUUUGCUUUUAAUUUUCCCGUCUCCUCAGGCUGGGUGGUCCGUCCCGCGGAGGGAGCCGGGAUGCGGCUCUUUGUGUGCGGCCGGGACGCUUCUCUCCCAUUAAAAAAAAAACCCCUUUUUUGGCUUUUUUUCCCCUCAAAAUCCACCUCGUCCCCCGCCAAAACGUGAUUUCUUCCCCCGAAAGCGAUUGUUCGUCCGAGGAAUGCAAAAAAAAAAGUGAUUUUUCCCCUCAGAAAUCCAUUUCUCUUCCCAAAACAUCCCCUCCGAAGAGCUACUUCUCCACACAAAAAGCAAGUUUAUCCAAGAAGUAGCUGCUCUCCAAAAAAAUGAUUUUUCCCCCAAAAACCUGUCUUUUCUCCCCCAAAAGCAACUUUUCUUCCCCUAAAAGUGUCUUUUGUCCCUCCAAACUGGUUUUUCCUCUAAAAAAAGGAACUUUCCUCCACAAAAAUCAAGUCACCUCCCCCCAAAUUCUCUUCUAUCCUAAAAUUGAUUUUUUCCCCCAUAAAGAGUGCUCAUCCCCUCAAAAAAGUAAUUUUUUCCUUAGAGGAAGUGUCUUUUGUCCCUGAAAAGUGACUUUUUGUCCCAAAAAAGUAACUUUUGCCUUAAAAAAGCAACUUUUGCCUUAAAAAAGCAACUUUUCUUUCCCUGAGAGGGACUCUUGCCCCCGAAAAGCGACUUCUUUUCCUGCAAAAUUACUUUUGUCUACAAAUGGAAACUUUUCUCUCCCAAUGAAUUGCUUUUUGUCCCCCAAAAAUGACUUUUCAUCCCCCCAAAAAUGACUUUUCUCCUCCCAAGAGGCAACUUUUCACCUCCAAAAAGUAACUUGUGACUCACAGAGGCCUUUUCAUCACAGACAUUUUAUUUCACAGGGGAAAAAAAAGGAACUUUUCCCUCAAAAUAUCGAUCUUUUCCUCAUAUAAAGUGAUGUUUUUGUCACAAAAGUGACUUUUUCCUUCCAAAAUUGGACCUUUUCUUCAUAAGACUGAACUUUUCCCUCACAAAUAGUGACUUUUUCCUCACAAAAAGAGACUUUUACUUCAAAACCAGGAACUUUUCCCUCACUAAAAGUGACUUUUUCCUCACAAAAAAGAACUUUUUCUCCAGGAAAAAAGAACUUUUCCCUCACAAAAAGGGACUUUUUUUUCCUCACGAGUGAGUUUUUCUGCACAAAAAGGAACUUUUGCCUCAAAAAAAGGAAUAUAUUCCCCACAAAAAGUGACUUUUUCUCACAAAAAAGCUACUUUUUCCUCACGAAAGGAACCUUUCCCUCACAAAGGCCUUUUGUGAGGUGGACUUCUUCCUCCCAAAAAAAAGCAUUUUCCAUCACUUUUUAGCGACCUUGUCCUCACAAAAAUCGACUUUUCCUCACAAAAAUGAAA